AUGUCCACCAUGAAAGUCCUCAAGAUCAACGACGGCAGCGCCGCCAUCGUCUCCGCUCCCAUCCCCUCCCUCCGACCCAACCACAUCCUCGUCAAAACCAUCGCCGUCGCCCUCAACCCCACCGACUGGAAGCACAUCUGGGCCUUCUCGGGCACGGCCGGCUGCACAUCCGGCUGCGACUACGCCGGCGUGGUCACCGCCGUCAACCCUGGUUCCGCCUUCAAGCCGGGCGACCGCGUCGCCGGGUGGACGCACGGCGGCAACAUCAGCAACAAGGAGGACGGCUCCUUCGCCGAGUACCUCGUCGCGAACGAGGGCAUCGCGCUCAAGAUCCCGGAGGGGGUGAGCUUCGAGCAGGCGGCGACGCUGGGGGUGGGCAUCACGACGGUGGGGCAGGGGGUGUAUCAGACGCUUGGGCUGCCGCUGCCGGGAGGGGAGAGGAAGGGGGAGCGGGAGAAGCUGCUCGUGUAUGGGGGGAGUACGGCGACGGGGACGCUGGCGGUGCAGUUUGCCAAGUUGUCCGGAUUCGAGGUCAUCGCCACGAGCUCGCCGCGCAACUUCGCUCUGCUCAAGGCUCUCGGCGCCGACGCCGUCUUCGACUACAACUCGCCCACCGUUGGCGCGGAUAUCCGCAAGCACACCGCGAACCGGCUGUACUACGCCUUCGACUGCAUCUCCGAGGGCAAUUCGGCGCAGAUCUGCGCCGACGCUUUGUCGACGGACACGGCGGCGCGGAAGCCUUCGUACGCCGCGCUUUUAUACACCGAGCUCCCACGUGAGGAUGUUGUUGCGAAUGUCACGAUGGCCUACACCGUCUUUGGCGAAGGUUUCUGGAAGCCGUUUGGACCCGGAGACUACCUGGCUAGCGCUGAGGACUACGAGUUCGGCAAGAAGUUCUGGAAGCUGACUGAGAAGCUGUUGGAGGAGGGUAAGUUGCAGGUGCAUCCCCCGGAUGUCAGGGAUGGUGGGCUGGAGGGUGUUCUGGAGGGACUGCGAGAACUGAAGGAUGGAAAGGUCAGCGGGAAGAAGCUUGUCUAUAAGAUCGCCCAGCCUUAG